GCUUACCCUGGUAUUCUUCCCCUAACCCUAACAAAUCCCCACUCAGCAAAACGUAUGACGUAAGACGUACGGCGCAGAAACGUCAGUGACGUGGUAAAUACAGGGCGCCCUGCUACUCUCGGCGGUGAGUUUAAAGAGUCUUGGUUGGAGGGCUGCAGUGAAACUGAAAACAGCCAGCUUUUGCAUGCGCGUUUCUCUAGCUACAUACGUAUUUUAGGGUUGAAUGGAGGGAAUGCCAAAAUACAGCAUGCCACUGCAGGAUCUGCCCUGCCUGAGUCUUCAGGGCUCCAUGUUGUCUGAGUCCAAGAAGAACAACAAACGCAAGUCCAAAGGCUGCCUCAGCGAGGGCCUGGACAUCGAAUGCACUCCAACAGAGCUCAUCCAGCAGUGGUCACCACACCACAAGCACCAACGGCUCAUCAGCAAGGGGAAAGAGAACGACCGCAACCAGUUUGUCCUGGCCAGAAGAUCAAGGAGGAAAAAGGAAUCCACGACAUCAGGCAUUUCAUGGGACCACCUUCCCGAUGAGCUGCUUCUCAGGAUACUGUUCUAUAUUCCUCUGCAGGACCUCCUCAGGAUGACGAUAGUUUGCAAGCGCUGGCAUCGCUUAGCGUUUGAUGAGUCUCUGUGGCACAGCGUUGAUCUGGAGGGGUUGACCCACACGGGCUCAGCUCUGCAGCAGGUGCUUAAGACCGGAGUCCGCAUGCUGCGCUGCCCUCGCUCCUUCGUGGAAGAGCUGGACUUCACAGGCAUAGGCCCUCUGCAGUUAGUUCGGCUGGAUCUGUCCAGCUCCAUCAUCCCCACCUCAUCUCUGAAGAGCAUCAUCUGUCAGUGCAGGCUGUUGGAGUAUCUGAGCCUGGAGGGCCUGCAGCUCUCAGACACAAUCAUCAGCGCUCUGUCCAAGAACCCAAACCUUCUGCAGCUCAACCUAAGCGGCUGCUCCAGCUUCUCCGGUCCCGCGCUGGCCGACAUGCUCAAAUCCUGUGUCAGCAUAGAACAGUUGAACAUAUCAUGGUGUGAAUUCAACAAUAAUCAUGUGAAGAGUGUUGUUAAUAAUCUGAGCCCCACUGCUACCCACCUCAACCUCAGUGGAUACCGAGAGAACCUCAUGCUAGACGAUGUGAAGAUGCUGGUGACGAGGUGCCCCGAUAUUCAAACGCUAGAUUUAAGUGACAGCACUCUGCUGAUGGCCGACUGCUUCCAUGUCCUCAAACAGCUGAAGGCUCUGGUGCAUCUGUCCCUGAGUCGCUGCUAUCACAUUCACCUCGCUGCUCUCACUGACUUGGGUAAGACGUUCCCUAUGCUGCGCCUGCUGGACGUGUUCGGCAUUGUGAACGGCAGCCACCUGUCCUCUCUGAAGAAGGAGCUGCCUCUCGUCAGCAUCAACACGCUGCCGUUCUCCAGCGUCGCCCGGCCCACGCCCGCCACCGCCGCCAGGCCCGUCGGCUACUUCAUGUGGAACACCAAGUGUCGACUGAGGUUCAACCUGUCGCACCUCCACGUCCAGCCCGUUGUGCGGUGAUGGAGCCAUGUCUCAGUGUUUCUUGCUGCUACAGAAGAUGGUUGUUUUUAGUGUUAGCUGGCAUUAAGGGUACUAAAGUCACAUACCUGACCAAGCCGUUUUUAAAGUACUGAACAUGCAAGCUUGUAGAGCAAAUGUAAUACUUCAUUAAGGAAUGUCAGAUUUGGAUGUUGAAUCCAGUUCUUGUUGGAAUGUGUUAACACAAAUGUUUAAUAGAUUUUUGAAUCUGUUUAAGGUUCUAAUAAUGCGUUUUAUUUAAAUAUUUUGUAAGGAAAACAUGGUUUAAAAGACUCGUAUGAAAUGUUGACUUGUGUCAGAUGUAAGAUGUCUGUAGAUACAGUACAAGUCAAAAGUUUGGACACCUUUUAUCAUUUCAUUCAAGUGAAAGUGUGUCCAAACCUUUGACUGGUACUGUAUAUGGAACAGAUCAGACAUUUGAGUUUGA